AUGUAUAGUAGUAGAUUGUUUUCCAAAUCUUUAUUCUAUAGUUUCAUUUUGUUCCCUUACUAUUUUGCAUUUUUGUUUAUUCUAUCUACUACUACUACUACUACUACUACUACUACUACUACUACUACUACUACUACUACUACUACUACUACUACUACUACUACUACUACUACUACUACUACUACUACUACUACUACUACUACUACUACUACUACUACUACUACUACUACUACUACUACUACUACUACUACUACUACUACUACUACUACUACUACUACUACUACUAUUUAA